AUGCCAUUUGCGCCUUUCGUGGGUGUCAAUCAUCAUGGGCAGUCAAUUUUGUUAGGUUGCGGCCUUGUUUCUUGUGAGGACACAAGUACGUUUGUCUGGCUUUUUGAGUGUUGGCGUCGAUACAUGUCCAAUAUUGAACCUCAUGGUAUCGUUACUGACCAGUGUAAGGCAAUGAUGAACGCAAUUAAAGUUGUAUUUCCUAACACAAAACAUAGGUGGUGUUUGUGGCACAUCAUGAAAAAGGUUCCUGAAAAAUUGCAAGGGUACACAAACUACAAAUCUAUGAAGAUGGAAUUGAAGAAACUUGUGUACGAUUCCAUCUAUAUUAAUGACUUUCAGUUAGGGUGGGUGGAUUUUAUUACUAGGUAUGACUUGAAUGCAAAUGAAUGGUUGUGUACGUUGUAUGAUGAGAGACAUCGUUGGGUUCCUUGCUAUUUGAAAAGUCAUUUCUGGGCUGGAAUGUCAACCACACAAAGGAGUGAAGGCAUGAAUGCAUUUUUUGAUGGAUUCAUCAACUCUAGCACAACCUUGCAACAAUUUGUCGUACAGUACGACAAUGCAUUAAGACAAAAGGCAGAAAAGGAGUUUGAAGCGGACUUCGCAUCUGCGAAUACAACUAUUGCAUAUGGCUCUCAAUCACCGAUUGAAAGACAAUUUCAAUUAGAAUACACACACGCCAAAUUUAGUGAGGUACAAAAUAAAUUUAGGGGUAAGAUGAAUUGCUUCGUGAAGAGUGUAUCAAAAGAUGAAAUUGUUUGGAAGUAUAUCGUCAAGGAAGAGUGGAUGUGGAAUGGCCAGAAAAACCACAGAAUGCACAACUUGAAACUCGAUUCAGUUACAACAAAUAUUGAAUACAGUUGUUUGUUGUUUGAGUUUAGAGGCAUAUUGUGUCGCCACAGCUUCUUGGUACUGGGACAAGAAGACAUUGAAUUUGUAGCCGAUAAGUAUGUCCUCCGACGUUGGUCAAAAAAUGUGCGAAGGAGACACAGUCUCGUAAAUGCGGGCUACAAUAAAAGUACUGACGACCCGCGAAUGCAAAGGUACCAAGUAUUGUGUAAGACUUUUUAUGAUAUAGCUGAGGUUGCUUGUGACUCUGAGAAUACAACAAAACAGUUAUGUGAUGAACUCCACCUCAUAGCAAAGUCAUUAGGGGUCCCAACCGAACCAAUGCAAUGUGUAGCAUCGAACGGAGUUGGGUGCCAAACCAGUAAUGAUGUUACUCCAUCUGCAACCAACAGCGGAAUGGUUCUAAGCCCAAUUCAUGUUAAGAGGAAAGGAAGACCACGUUCAAACAGACUGCAGUCAACUGUGGAGAAAAUAUGUAGGAGGAGGAAAACAAACGCGUCUAAAAAUAAGGCUUUAAGAACUACAAUGGACAUUUCCAACUUUGAUGCAACGCCGGACCAUCAGCAUGUCUCCUUUGAAUGCCCACCGUUAAUGAACACACCCAUUCCUAAUACUGGAUUUAUGUCUUUGUUGACAUCUGUCGAGUCUGACUUUGGAAACACUCAAAUUUCUUCAACAACCCACAUUUGA